GCCGGCACGGCUGGCGCUGGGCUCUGCUGGUUCUUCCUCCGGGGCGGUGGGCAGCUAUGCGAGGCGCGGCCCGCGCCCUGUAGCCUUCGGGCUUUUGUCCGUGCCCCGCGGCGUCUCCGGUCUGUGUCGGACCCUGCGUGAGGGGCGAGCGGGCCGCCGAGCCGCCAUCGGGAGUCGGGCCCCGCACCUGGCGGUGGGGAAGGGCCCGGCAGCAUGUGGCAGAGCAUCGGGCUGACCCUGCUGGUGAUCGUGGCCACCCUGGCCUGCGUGCUGCUCUUCAUGCUCUGCGGCUGGUAUGUGGUCUGGCAAUUGUUUCUGUCUAAAUUCAAGUUCCUGAGAGAAUUGAUAGGUGAUACGGGUUCCCAGCAAGGGGACAACGAGACUUCGGAGACAGAAGCUGAACAGGAGACUCCACCCUCACCACAGAGAGGCAGACAGAAAUCUGCUCGGCAGCGAAGAGCACCUGCAGAAGAAACAACUUAAAAUACUCUUUAGAACUUCUGGCUAACUGAAUGGUUAAACACCUCUGCACUGUGCUGUUCAGUGGUUUGCUCUUACUGAAAAACUGACUUAAGAGGUAAUAUUAAUACCCAUGGAUCUUUAUUCUGAACUGGCAGUAUAUACUACUUUGGGUUCAGGGAGGGCUUCAGCAGCAAGUCAAAGAAUACUGGAAGAAAUGAGGUGGAGAGAAAUCUCAUUCAGAAAAAUGCUCAGCUGCUGUAGCUCUUGUCCCUGCAUGCAGAUUAAAAACAGGUCCUGGACCACAGGCUUAGCCUCUGCAGUUGUCUGAACAUAAUAUACAUUUCAGACUUGAAAUAGUUUCUAAAUUAUUUUUCUUUACAGCACUGCAACUACAUAUAGUGAAGUUGAAUUUUAUUUCUUUAGGUAUAUACGAAUAUAUAUAUUUUUUUCAACCGUGAGAGCGCAUGUGAACUUGAAAAAUGGUUGAAAGAAUAUCCUUCUUUAGAAAGCAUUCUAAAGUGAAAUUUUGUUACUUUCUUAUAUCUGUUUGAGUAUAAAUGAAAUGUGAGAAAACAAUAUUAGGUGAACACAGUUGGGAGGUUUUGGUUAUGUCCUUUAAAAAAAGGAAUUGGGUCAUAAGACCUGAUUUCUUGGUUUUGACACAAGAAGGGUUACAGGUAGAACAGUCCUGAGAGAUUUCUUUGUUCUUCCUGAACCUUUUAUUCAAAGUCCAACUUGUGUUGGAGAGGAGAAGGUGCCUAGAUUAUGUACUUAUCAGUGAUCUGUACUGUCAUCUUUGGCUUUUUGGAUUCUAAGUGUUUCUCUUUUGAACACUCUUACAUCGGGUAUUUGGUACCGGAUGUAACUCUUGCCCUGGAACCAACUAAGGCCAUUCUGACCAAUUUAGUAGACAUCACUCUAAUGCUUUGAUAGUGUUACAGCAAUGAAUUUGGUACCUCAUGUUUGAUGGAGGACGUACUGAUGUUUAUCAGUAAUGAGCAGUUGCUCCUUUUUGAGAGUGAGUUAAACAGUGGUUCUGACAUUGCACUUCAGAAUGAGGAGAUUGACUUCUCUUCGUCAACUUUGAAGACUGCAUGAGAUCUUUGGGAAGAGGAGGACCAUAGAGGUCCUACCUCUCUGCGUGUGUAGAGGGGAAAGACUACCAAAAUGUCUGCUUCAUUAACAGCUUCACUUCUCUCUCAAAACUAGAUAUGUGAUAUUGCUUAGAUCACUGUUCACUGUAUAAAAACUACUGUUUAGCAGGACAACAAAAUUGUACUUUGAGCUGUUAAGGAGUUUAAACCAUAUAACUUUCAAAGUUUGGUUUGCUUGCAUAGCUAAAAGCAGCAAUGUUUAAUCUUUUUCAUUAAGUGGGCCUACAUCUGGCAAAAGACUACUUCUCUGGUGCCUUUGUUUUAAUUUGUCACCUGUGAAUGAAAAUGAAUGAGAGCAUUCACUUUGCAAAUGAUUUGGGUGUUUCAGCAUUAAGCACAUAAAAUUAGUCUGGACCUUUGAAGUCUAAAAGUUGUUUUAGUUGCUAGCAUGUAUGUAUAAGCAUGCUUUGUGUUACAGGAUUACACUUUCAAGCAUGACUAGAGAGUGCUACGCUCAUAUCCUUGAAACACAUGUAGGAAUAGAAUAGUCUUCUUCCUCUGUCCUCGCUACUGACAAGGGAAUUCCUGAUAAUGUUUCUUCACAAGUAAACUCGCCAUCUACUCAAACUGAACAAAAGCAAUCCGGUUCUUUUCCCUGCUGCUUUCAGUUGUUUGCGCUGUGCAACUUAAUGUCACUGUACUCUUGUACCUGUAUAUCUUCACACGAUGAGGCUUUCAGCUCAGCAGUGUUAACCCAGCACUGGAGCGUUUUUCUUAAGAGAAGUGUUUACUGUUUCUGUCUUUGAGCUUUACUUAUGUGGGCUUGCAAGUGAGGUUGCUCUAUUUUUGGUCCUGAUGUGGAAUAUUAACACUCCACUGCACUUCUGCCUAGAUGUAAGUCCACUGAACAUGGCAAAAGGCUCAUGCUUUCAAUAUCUCCAGCUGAGAUAAGUAACAGUUAACUCAGUCUCCGCUUCUCGUAGCUGUGAAGAAAUGUGAAGUUACAGCAAUAAAUAUAGCUAGCCAGAGCAGCUCUAAGGGUGUAAGAAUCAAGACUCUGGAACAAGUUAAUGAAGGAAAAUCCAUGCGGGUUUGAAUGCUGACAAUGAUUAAAUAUGCAAUUAGAUAGUAGUUUAAAACAAAUGGAUGUAGAAUCUUUGGAUGGUUCAUCUGCUCUAGCCAGACAAAUCCCUCUGUGGUUUGUAAGUGUACAUUUCACUCCCAAAAGCUAUUUUCAGUCUUUUUUUUUUUUUUUUUUUAAACAUCUGAUGCUAUUUUUUAAAGCUGCUGUGACAUAGCUACCAAUAGCAGUAUCUGCCUAGCAUAUAACAUUCACUAUCUUAUUAGUAGCAGCCCGAAGUCUUAUAUUAUGAGGUUAGGAAGAUUUUGUAAUACUGGUAUUUUCUGUCAAUACACUUUUCUUUUUUCAGAGAGUCUGUAGUAAUAUCUUUGUGCAGGGCACUUCAUGCAAACCCGUAAAAGUGAAGCUACGUGAGUGAAAGCACACUUGUGAUAAGACCUGGGUUGUGAUUGCUGGCAGUCCAAUAUACUCAUGUCUUUCAAUAUUUUUACUGGUGUACUUCCAAAAUGCUACUGGUGAAUAAGCACUUAACUUUGAAUUGACCCGUUCAAGUCUGAAACCUUAUGAAGGCAACAGGUUAUGUAUUUGGUCGUUUUUGUUUAGUAAAAUCUAUUUUUUAAACUGUUCAUUGCCUUACUGUUGCAGCUGUUCUAUUGAAUGUACUUUGGGUUGAUUAUUUUAAAUGUAUUCAUAUCACUUUUGUUGCAGGGGCUGUGUUACUUUUGAAUAAGCAGUGAUUACGUGUAUGUGGCAGUUAAUUAAAAACAGUUAAUAGCAGGAAGGCUGGAACAAAUGCAGCUCGGACUGGUGGAACAAAGUAGGAAAACUAUUAAAACGUAAGAAUGUAGACAAUUGUUUCUUGCUGAAUUGCAUAAUUCAAACCUGUUAGUGAGCCACUAAGGCUGUCAUCAUGGUGAUCUGAUGUUUUUCCAUAAGGUUAAUUCUAUGCAGUUCGUUCACUUAGCAAUGCUGCUGUAGUUAUUUGCAGUAAACACCACGUACUGUCCUGCGACUUGUGGGCAACUUGCUGCUUAACAUCAGGUUUUACACUGAACUAGACCUCUGUAUGUACUCUUGUCUUGUUUGGGAAUGACCAGCAUAAAAAAGGGUUCUAUGUGGUCGUUUGCUUCUUCACUGUUAAGAUACUGUACCUAAAGCUUUUGUGAUUGUCUGUUUUCAUCACGUUAACUGUUUUAACUGACUGUGCAGAUAAAAAAAUAAAGUAACCAGACUUGAUAUGAGUACUUGA